CAGCCCGUUGGGCUAGUUUAGUAACUAUCGGCGGUUUAAAUACGUCUGUGCAGAAGGGUUGCCGUCAGACUCUGUUUUUGAGUCAAAGUAAGCUGAGGAGGAAAUAUGAAUAAAGAGGGGGGGGCAUUUUUUCCUCCUGUUUUUUCUUUUUUUUCUACUGAGCUCCAGGAAGUUCGAAACCGCUACGUUUGCAAAAACGAUGAGGAAUAGUGGAUGGAUAGAAAAAAAUCCACCCGGUUAACCUUUGAACCGUCUUCCUUUGUCCCCGGGAGAAGUCACAAGACGAAGUCUCGUAUAAUUUGACGAAUGACAGUCCCGACGGUAAGCAGGCGGUGGGAGUUUAGUUUAGUUGGGCUUUUUGAGGGUCUGAUUUGUUGUGAACGCGUCAACGCUGCAAGGAAAGCAACAGGACAGUGAAUGGUGAUCACACAGACUGUGGACCGGGCGGUGAAAUUUUGUUAAAAUUUACCCAGAGAAACUCCACGUUCAGGACAAAAAGAGAAAGGAAACAGAAGCAUCAUGUCCUCUGUGUACUUUAGCCCAGGGUUAGACUCAAGUGUAAAUGGAAACAUGACAAAGAUGGAGAAUGCUAAAGUAGAGAUUGAUGAUGGAAAGGAGGAGAGUGCACUACCAGACACGCUGUACUACAAUCUUCGGAAAAGGAUAGCCCCGUUUGUCAUGUCCUUUGGCUUUCGUUUAUUUGGAGUAACACUGAUCAUAGUGGACUUUGUGCUGGUGAUUGUGGAUCUCUCGCUGCCAGCCAAGAGUAGAGAUGCUGGAAAUGCGUUAGAGGCUGUGUCCCUCACCAUCUCUUUCUUCUUCCUUGCCGAUGUCCUCCUGCGUGUCUAUGUGGAGGGUUUCAAAGUGUACUUCAGCUCCAAGCUGAACAUCAUAGACGCCUGCGUGGUGAUAGUCACACUGGUGGUCACCAUGGUCUACACCUUCUCUGACCUGUCAGGUCCCAGCCUCAUCCCCAGGGUUGUGACAUUUCUCCGCUUCUUGAGAAUAAUAAUCCUCGUGAGGGUUUUCAGACUGGCUGCUCAGAAGAAAGAGCUGGAGAAAGUCACUAGGAGGAUGAUUUCUGAAAACAAGCGGCGUUAUCAGAAGGAUGGAUUUGACCUCGAUCUUACCUAUGUCACAGACCGCGUCAUCGCCAUGUCUUUCCCCUCCUCUGGGAAGCAAGCCUUCUAUAGGAAUCCAAUCAGGGAAGUGGCAAGGUUUCUAGACACUAAACAUGAAGGCCAUUAUAAAGUUUACAAUCUUUGCAGUGAGAAAGGCUACGACCCCCAGUUCUUCCACUACAGGGUUGAACGGGUGUUUAUUGAUGACCACAAUGUCCCCUCCUUGGAGGACAUGCUCAAAUACACAGCGAGCGUGAGAGAGUGGAUGUCUGCUGAUCCCCAAAACAUCAUUGCGAUCCACUGCAAAGGAGGGAAAGGACGCACCGGUACUAUGGUGUGCACCUGGCUUAUCGACAGUGACCAGUUUGAGAGUGCACAGGACAGUCUGGAGUAUUUUGGCGAGCGGAGGACAGACAAAAGUCAGAGCUCCAAGUUUCAGGGGGUGGAGACUCCCUCUCAGAGCCGGUACGUAGGGUACUAUGAAAUCAUGAAGAAUAAGUUCAACAGACAACUGCCUCCACCGAAAAGCCUCAGGAUUAAAAGCAUCCGUAUCCACUCCAUAGCAGGCGUUGGUAAAGGUAAUGGUAGCGAUUUCAAGGUCAAGAUAAUUGUGAGAAAAGAGCUGGUGUUUGAGUGUGUGUGUGCCAAGCAGGAGAACUGCACGGUAUUUCCUGAUGUGGGUAAUAACGCAGCAGUCAUCAGCCUGCAGAAUGGACCUGUGGUUGAAGGAGAUGUGAAGGUCAUGUUUGAAUCGAGUGCAGGUCUCCCGAAAGGAUAUGAAGAUGUUCCAUUCUACUUCUGGUUCAAUACAUCCUUCAUAGAAGAUAACAAGUUGUUUUUACCCAGGGAAGAGCUGGACAACCCACACAAACCAAAGACCUGGGACCUGUACAAGGAAGACUUUGGUGUCACUAUGUUCUUCUUAGAAUCUGAAUAAAAGAAUGAUGGAAAGAUUGGAAAACCUGUUCUAGCUUUAAUGAUGCAUAAUGAACAGAAAUAUGCAAAUUGAACACUAAUUUAAAAAAUGCAGUUUUGGUGUUUAAAUUGACCAGAGGAAUACCGCACAUUUACAUGUUUAAAUGUUGUGAUCUUAAGUGCUUACAAUUCUCCACUUUACAAAUAAUGUAGACUAAAAUUCUACUCUCAGCUUUUGCCACUUAAAUUUGUGAGACAUGGAGAAUUACCAAUACACAAAGAAUAAUGUCCGCAUUUAAAUUAUUCUGUAUGUGCAGGUACUUUAUGUAGUAAAAUAAUCAACAUUUAGCAUUCAUGAAAGUAUAAAGCUAUAUGUGGCUUUUCUUUUCAUAGCUCAGUGCUUUAUUUGUGAACUAUUUCCCAAUGCUGUUACCUAUUCAGCCCCACUUGAGGAUUUAUUGAAACCUAAAGUAGCCUAGGUAUUGGUUAGGGUUAGAGUUGUCUUUGGUGGAAAAGGGAGAGAGGAAGCUAAGACAUUGCUAACGAGAGCUCAGAAAAGAUGUUAGUCUCACAAUGAUUUAGAAUUUGAGCUUUCAAAGCAGCAGCUAUUGUAGAAACUACUUUGAUUUUGAUGAAUUAAAGGUCACUUCAAUGCAAA